GGCUAGGAUCGCUGGCUAGGUGUCAGUUCUCUAGCCCAUUCUUUGUAGCUACCAAGAUCUACUCGAAAAUAAGAAUUACCUAUGGAAAACUUUAUAAGUUCAAUUGUUAUUAUCAAUUAAGUAAUUCAAGUGCUUAUGUGAUAAAAAUGGUAUAGUGAUAAAUCUUGGACCACAAUUUUUUUUGUGUUGGAUUCGUUCAGGUUAAACAAUGCAGGGACUACAUUUUUUAAUCGUCUUGUCGCUCUUGGAGUUUGGGAAAAUUAAAUGUGCGUUUCGGAAUUUCGAAACUUUAAAAACCACUAUCAACAUCGGUGUAAUAUUACCACCAAAUACAGUUACUGAAGUAGCCUUUGCAUCAGCACUUGCCCGAGCGUCGAUUGAAAGUGAACAUUACAAUUUCGUUAUGAAAAUAAUAUACUCUCCAUUCGGCGAUAGCUUUGCAGCAUCGAAAGCCUCUUGUAAGCUGCUAGCAUCAGGCGUAGUUGCUAUCUUCGGGCCAACUGAUCCUACUUCCGCUGAUGCUGUGGAAGCGCAUUGUCGUGCAGCUAAAGUACCCCAUAUUCAAGCAGUAUGGCGACCGACUCCAGUAAGGGGCUUGGAGCGUCCUUCUCCUCCAGGCAUUAAUUUAUAUCCCGAAGCUGUCGCCCUGUCGAAAGCAGUCGCGCUUUUUAUAAAGGAUAACGAUUGGAAAAGCUAUACUCUACUCUACGAUGAUGAUCAAGGGCUCAUGAGAUUACAAGAAAUUUUCAAACACGCUGAACCUGACCAUAAGUGGUUGGUGCGUAGGUUAAAACCGGGCGAAGAUAACCGGCAACUAUUGAAGUCUUUGAAGGCAAGUGGAGCAACCAGGGUAGUCAUCGACUGCCCGUCCGACAGGAUCUUGGAAUAUUUGAGACAAGCAUUCGAAGUUAAGUUCUUUGAGGAUUAUAUGAGUUACAUCCUUAUGUCACUGGAUGCACACACGUUAGACCUGCAAGAGUUAAGACACGGACUAUCAAACGUGACUUGUUUGAGGAUAUUUGACCAUUCAGAUUCGAGGACACGGUCCUAUCUCGCCGAUUGGAAGGCCAGGACGUCAUCAGAUGUGAAAAUUCCAAGACAGACACAUGAAAUUACUGUUGAAGCAGCUCUAGCUAGCGAUGCAGCAAGGCUUUUAACAGACGCUAUAGAAAGUGCUCCAGAUGCAUUCAAAAUAGAAGCACAAGGAAUCGAGUGCAACUCAGAUGCUCAGUGGGACGUGGGAGAAGAAUUUACUAACCACCUGCUAACGAAUCCAAUAACGGGCAUCACUGGUCUUAUAACAAUAGACAACACGACGGGCGAAAGAACUAAUUUUAAUGUUGAAAUAAUGGAGUUAUCUAACAGUGGUUUUAAUAGUAUUGCAAAGUGGACUGCCGAAUCCGGGUUUAUUCACGUCCGAACUGCGAAUGAAGUCUCAGACCUUUUAGCCGAGAAAUGGCAGAAUAAAACAUUCAAAGUUGUAUCGCGUAUCGGAGCUCCAUAUUUAGUCGAAAAAGUACCACAAGAAGGCGAAGUUUUAACUGGAAACGAUCGAUACGAGGGAUACUCGAAAGAUCUUAUACACGAAAUAUUAAAAGAAACCCUGCAUUUAAAUUACGAGUUUGAAAUUGUACCGGGAAACUUGUACGGCUCAUAUAAUAAAGAUACCAGAAAAUGGGACGGCCUAAUUGGACAUCUUCUGGAAAGGAAAGCAGAUUUAGCUAUAUGUGACCUGACUAUAACAUAUGAACGAAGGGCCGCAGUGGACUUUACCACGCCUUUCAUGACUCUAGGCAUCAGUAUCUUGUAUUCGAAGCCCACGCCUCCAGAACCAGAACUGUUUUCAUUUCUUAAGCCGUUUUCUGUCGAUGUUUGGAUUUACAUGGCUGCAGCGUAUUUGAUGGUGUCACUGCUACUCCACAUAUUAGCCAGGCUUGCUCCAAAUGAUUGGGAGAAUCCUCAUCCAUGUGACAAAUCACCCGAGGAAUUGGAAAAUAUUUGGCAUAUCAAAAAUUCCUGUUGGCUGACUGUUGGAUCUAUUAUGACCCAAGGUUCCGAUAUUUUGCCAAAAGGUUAUUCCACACGAUGGGUAUGCGGUAUGUGGUGGUUUUUCGCUCUUAUAAUGUGUUCGUCUUAUACGGCCAACCUUGCUGCUUUCCUGACGAAUGCAGCUAUGGAUGAUUCGAUUAAGAGCGCCGAGGACUUAGCGAUGCAAACUAAGAUCAAGUACGGGACUUUGCAGGGCGGUUCCACUUCUUCAUUUUUUAAGCGUUCAAAUGUAUCUAUAUACCAAAGAAUGUGGGCAGCUAUGGAGUCUGCGCGACCAUCGGUCUUCGUUAAAAACAAUGACGAAGGAGUAGAGAGGGUAUUAAAAAGCAAACGAUCGUAUGCAUACUUGAUGGAGUCUACAGCCAUUGAGUACCAGCUGGAAAGACAUUGCGACUUGAUGCAAGUCGGCGGUCUUCUUGACUCUAAAGGAUACGGAAUAGCCAUGCCAUUCUUUGCAUCAUAUCGGACUGCAGUCGACAAUGCAGUGUUGAAAUUAGCGGAGAGUGGAAAGUUAGUGGAAUUAAAAAAUCGUUGGUGGAAACUUACCGACGAAGAAGCUUGUGUCUCUGAAGAAGCCAGCGAGGAGGGAGCGAGUGCGGGCGAAUUGGGAGUGGAUAACGUAGGCGGAGUUUUCGUUGUCCUGGGGAUAGGUUGUGGAAUGGCUGCUGCAAUGGGAGGUUUUGAAUUCCUCUGGCAUAUCAGAGAUGUCGCUGUGGAGCAGAAGAUGACACCAUCGGAAGCGUUUUGGGCGGAGUUAGCCUUCGCCUUAAGUUUUUGGGUAACUGAAAAGCCUGUCCAGCACUCCAGGUCGUCGUCCACUGCGUCUGGCUCGAACAUCGCCUCGAGAGCGUCAUCGGUACUUCGUUCAGCGGUCGACUUGUUUCAUCUCGAAGUUUUUAAUAAAUAGGAUAUUCGUAAAGGUUUAAGUAACAUUUUAAUUACUGGUGGUAGGGCGUUGUGCAAGCUCAUCUGGGUAGGUACCACCCACUCAUUAGAUAUUCUACCGCAAAACAGCAGUACUUGGUAUUGUUGUGUUCCAGUUUUAAGGGCUAGUGAGCCAGUGUAAUUACAGGCACAAGGGACAUAACAUCUUAGUUCCCAAUGUUGAUGGCAUUGGCGAUGUAAACUAUAGUAAACAUUUCUUUUACAAUGCCAAUGUCCAUGGGCAUUAGUGAACUUUUACCAUCAGGUGGCCCGUCUGCCUAUUUUAUAAAAUAAAAAAAAAACAAUUGAAGGGUUGUGUGCGGACUCGUCUAUUAUGGUAGUUAACAAUAAUGAUUUUACCGCCAAAUAUUUAUAUACUACAUUGCUGUGUUCCGGUUUGAAGGGUGAGCGAGCCUGGCAUGACGCUCUGUCAUGUUACCAUACCUUCGAUGCCUUUCUCUACUUAUUAAUCGCUGUAUGUGCCUGUUAUGUGUGUGAUACGCGUAUUUAUGCAUCAAAACUAGAUUUAUUUGCUUAUAGAAACUACGUUUUAAUUCAUUUUAUAAACAAAUAUGGUUGUUUAUUGGUUUUCCUUAAGCAUAUAUUUUUUUUAAUUUACCAAUAUUUUGUAUAGAUUAAUUCAUUUUGUCAAUAAGGGUUUAUCAUUUAUUUUUAUGUUACUUCCCGAUGUCUUCAAUGC